AUGACCACUUCCCUCCCGGACGGCCCGGGCGCGGCGGGCAGGGCGGCCGCCCAGGUGUGCGGCGCGGCCCGGGGGAGGGGCGAUGCCCGGGACCUGGCGCCGGGCCCCGGGCUGCCGGCGCGCGCGCUCCCCGCCCCGGCGGCGGACAGGAGAAAAAAGAAAGAUCUUGAUGUUCUGGAAAUGUCAUCUAUUCCAAACCCUUUUCCUGAGCUAUGCUGUUCUUCAUUGACAUCUGCGUUAUCGACAGACCUGCUUCCCAAAACAAACUCAAGAAAAAAACAGGUAAUUAAAAUCUACAGUGAAGAUGAAACCAGCAGGGCCUUAGAGGUACCCAGUGACAUAACUGCCCGAGAUGUGUGCCAGCUGUUGAUCCUGAAGUGUCAUUACGUUGAUGACCACUGCUGGACCCUUUUUGAGCAUCUGACUCCCCUAGGUCUAGAAAGAAUAAUAGAAGAUCAUGAGCUGGUGGUUGAAGUGCUAUCUAACUGGGGAAUGGAAGAAGAAAAUAAGCUAUACUUUAGAAAAAAUUAUGCCAAAUAUGAGUUUUUUAAAAAUCCAAUGUAUUUUUUCCCAGAGCAUAUGGUGUCUUUUUCAACGGAAACCAAUGGUGAAAUAUCCCCCGCACUGAUUUUGCAGAUGUUUCUGAGUUCAAGCACAUACCCUGAAAUCCAUGGCUUCUUACAUGUAAAAGAACAGGGCAAGAAGUCUUGGAAAAAGGUUUACUUCCUUCUAAGAAGAUCUGGUUUAUAUUUUUCUACUAAAGGGACAUCAAAGGAACCACGGCAUUUGCAGUUUUUCAGCGAAUUUGGCAAUAGUGAUAUUUAUGUGUCACUGGCAGGCAAAAAAAAGCAUGGAGCACCAGCUAACUAUGGAUUCUGCUUUAAGCCUAACAAAGCGCGAGGGCCCCGAGACCUGAAAAUGCUCUGUGCGGAAGAAGAGCAGAGUAGGAUGUGCUGGGUGACGGCGGUGCGAUUGCUUAAGUAUGGCAUGCAGCUGUACCAGAAUUACAUGCAUCCGUGCCAUGGUAGAAGUGGCUGCAGUUCUCAGAGUAUAUCACCCAUGAGAAGUAUAUCAGAGAAUUCCCUGGUAGCAAUGGACUUCUCAGGCGAGAAAAGCAGAAUUAUAGACAAUCCCACGGAAGCCCUUUUAGUUGCAGUUGAAGAAGGACUCGCGUGGAGGAAAAAAGCGUGCUUACGCCUGGGCAGCCACAGUAGCCCCAGGGCCUGUUCACAGCGCUCCGCCAUAAGCAUGGCUAUCCACUGGUCCCAACCGUGGUUUCACCACAGAAUUUCUAGAGAUGAAGCUCAGCGAUUGAUUAUUCAGCAAGGUCUUGUGGAUGGAGUUUUCUUGGUGCGGGAUAGUCAGAGUAACCCUAGAACGUUCGUACUGUCAAUGUGUCAUGCACAAAAAAUAAAGCACUUUCAAAUCCUACCAGUGGAAGACGAUGGUAAGAUGUUCCACACCUUGGAUGAUGGCCACACAAGGUUUACGGAUCUAAUCCAGCUGGUGGAGUUCUAUCAACUCAAUAAAGGUGUUCUUCCAUGCAAGUUGAAGCAUUAUUGUGCUAGAGUUUCUAUUUAG